AAUAUGUUAAUAUUUAAGUAUUUCAUUUAUUCAAUUUUUCUGGAUGCCACUACAAUAAUAUUAAGGUAGUUGAUAGUCAAUUGUGUGAUAGAAAGUUGUGUACAUUAUUAGAUAAUAGCCCUUUCGUCUAUUACGAUUAAACGAGAAAACGAACAAUAGAUAUUUUAAUUAAAUAAAUAAUAAUGGCUUUUAAAACGACUUUAAAAUGUACAAAUUUUCUUGUACGACGAUCUGUGGCAACGGCCUUGUCUAGACCGGAAGGAUGGCAACAACUACAAAAACAAAGUGUGCGUAAUUUUACAGUGGGCAUGACCCUGAAACAAGAUAUCAAUGUAACAUUUGUCAAAGCCAAUGGUGAAAAGAUUAAAACCAAGGGCAAAGAGGGAGAUUCUUUGCUAGAUGUUAUAGUCAAUAACAACAUUGAUUUAGAUGGUUUUGGUGCUUGCGAAGGAACACUAACGUGUUCCACUUGCCAUUUGAUAUUCAAACCUGAAGAUUACAAUAAACUGCCUGAUAAACCCAGCGAUGAAGAAUUGGACAUGUUGGAUUUAGCCUACGAAUUAACGGACACCUCCCGUUUAGGUUGUCAAAUUAACUUGAGUAAAGAUUUGGAUGGUCUAGAGGUGCAUGUUCCUGCUACUAUUAAUGAUGCACGUAGUGCGUAACAUUUGAACAAUAACCGCACGCUUUAGAAGAACAAUAAACAAAGAGAAAGUUUCAACUAAACAACUCUCUGGGAUUUAAAAUGUAGACAUUUUAAAAAAAAUAUUAACUAAGGUGCAGUUCAUUUUCUUUUGUUUUAAUUGUAUAGUUAAAAAUUGAAAUUUAUUAGGGCAUUUUUUUGUUAAUCUAUUAAUAAUAAUAUUUUGUUUAGUUUAAAUUUGUACAAAACGAAAAAUAAAUGUAUUUUUUAACUAGUAAUUAAUGUUGUCGUAAAUUUAUGAUUGUGCAGAUUUUAUUACUUCUGUUGCAA